AUGCUGCCUGGCUGGUCCCCACGCCACCAACACUGCUGCCAAUGCUGCUGUGACUGGGGGGAGACGGGUGCCCAACGUAACAACCAAGGAGGCUGUGCAGAGCCCCCAGACCCCCUCCCCCAGUGGCCUCAACCCAGCUGGGACUGGGACCCAACCAAAAGCCCAGCGGAACUCCAAGGCCCAGAGGCCUCCAGAGCCAAACAGAAAACAAAGAGCAAAAAGGAGCCCUCCCCCACAGCUGAGCACCAGCUUACUGCUGCUGCUGCCACAACCACUGCCACCACUGAGAGAGAGAGGUAA